AACAGGUUUUUUUUUUUUUUUUAAAAAAAAAGGUUUAAAAACGGCUUUGCAAAAGCCAAAACAGUUUUUUCGCAAUUUUUUUUUAAAUAAACGGCUUUGGUAAAGCCGAUUUCUAACUGUGGAAAUCCAUGUCCAGAUUCUUCCCGGGUGCGGGAAUUUAUUCUCUUUGGGGUGCCAAACGGGAAUUAAUUCGGCUUUAUGAAAGCCUAUUUCCUCAUGAAAUACUUGGAUUCAUUUUUAUUUUAAAAAAAUAAUAAUUAUUAAUUACACAUGUUGGACUUUUUUAAAUAGAUUCAAUUGAGAAGACUCCCUUUCAUUUCAAAGAGAGAGUGUUGACUGUUGAAGCUCCCCCUCCUACCCUCAAAAAUCGCAUGGGAAUUCGCUUGGCGCCAAACAAUUCAAGCUUUUGCUCUCUAAAAUUAAUUCGAUCCUUCACAACUUCCAUUUCCUUUUCAAGCUCUUCCUCACCGGCCACAACAACUCACUGCCAUCUCCUUCGUUGAUCUUCAUCUCCUUUCACAAAUGUCGGCUGCGAAAUCGAGCGCGAAGAAGCGAGUUCUGGAACCGGAGCAGCCGAAAUCGGAAGUCCGGAAGCGAGUCAUCCUCGAAGAGGACUUCGAUGCAGAUCUAUCCGAAGAUAUCAGUGUUCUGAUGACGGCAUUGAAACAGAUAAAAGAGAAAGCUCAUAAGGAUGAUCGGAAGAAGAAUGAAGAGACGAUAUCUAGUGGUUUUUCAGAAAUCAGGGCAAAUAUCGAAGACGUGAAGUCCAAAUUCGAGAAAGAAAGGCAAAACUUCACCAAAGCACUCUCCAAGAGCUCUAAAGAGUGUGAGAACUUAUUGAAGAAUGAAAGUGCCAAGUUUCAAGCAAUCUAUGAGAAGUUCAUCAAGGACAAAACUACUCAUCUGCAGACUCUGAAAGACUCUGUGUCCAAGUUUGAGGAAGAGAAACUAAGGUUAUUCACACGAUAUGAGCAACAAAGGAAGAAGGAGAAGAACAUGCUGUCUGAACUCGAGAAAGACACUUCGAAAAGAUUGGCUGAAAUAGAAGAGUCGCUGAAGAAGAAGAAGAAACAGGAUGAUAAAACAUUUAGCACUCUGAGAAAGAAACUUGGUUCAUUUCUGGACAAUGCAUCUGAUGAGGAUUUUCUGCUUGAUGAGUAAAAUGUGGACGAGUCUUGUGCGAAUAAGAAAUUUGAAUCACAACUUUCAUAUUUUCUAGAUCCAGUUACACUUCUCUAGCAUUUGUCAUAACUUUGUAGAAUGCUUGCUAUACUUAAGCUAAGCAAGCUUUGGACAUACCGGUUAAUUUCAGUACUAAAAUGGUUCCCACCAU